GGGCGUUGCCGCUAAACAUUUUCGGGCGCAAAGCGCGCCGAUGUUACCCUUUCUGGAGUUCUGUCUAGAUCCGCCACCACUGCGAUCAGGGCGUUGACGGAGUCCUGGAGUGAGAUUGCCGUGACGCCACAGCAAGUGUCCAUGGACCAUGGGGGAACGUUUGUGCAUUGAUGAUAGAAUUCAGGUGGCACGCUACCUAACACCUCUGGAUAGAGAGGAGUUGGAAAUCCUUGGACAACUCCUUGGACUCUCUUAUGCCACUGUAACCAACCACAAGAACAGCUCACUGGCAGUAUAUCGCUCCAGCAUCUUGAAAGCAUGGCUUCUCAAGCGUGACGAAGUCAACGAGAAAGGAGGUCCUAGUUGGAUAACCCUUGAAGCAGCUCUGAGGGAUGAACUGCUGGGACACGCUGGAAUAGCUGACGAGAUCAACCGUAAUUAGUUUAGAAAGUUAGCUAUAGCAGUAAACAUGUUGCUCCUGCUCCCAAACAGGUGAUCAUUGUAAGAGAGUUUCACUGAACAGCAAGGCUAGCUCCAAGGCAACACUG